AGCUCACCAAAUCAAGAAAAGCAUAUACUUUAUAUAAAAGGAAAAUUCCCAAAUCCCCCCGCUUGUAACAAAACAAUUUCCUAAUAUAAGAAAGAAAAGAAAAGAAUCUAAGAAAAUACCCAAAUACCUAACUUCUGCUGCUAACCCAGCUCCCAAUUCUGUUCUUUUCAGCAUUUCUAUUAAUAUUUUUCAAAAAACAAAAUCUGGGUUUCUUAGAUCAGUACAUUCUUGAAAAUACCCAGUAAUUAUUUUUGUAUUUCUUGUCUUAAAAAUGCGUUCUUGUCGGUUCUUGAUUUAGCUCUAUACUCUUCAAACAUUUGCAGUAAAUUUAUUUGGGGAUUAGAUUUGUGAGUUGCAAUAUGGAUGAAGAUUAUUGAGUAGUGUGUGACGUUUAAUGGCUGCACCAAGGAGUAUAGUUGUGGAUACGGGUCGGUUAGUGACCCGAGAUGAAGAAGAGAAGAACAUUGAUAAGAGGUUUAAGGAAGGCAAGUUUCCAUUAUCAAAAUGGGAAUUUGUAGCAGCUUUUACUGUUGUUUUGGUGUUUUCAACAGGGCUGUUUUGCUUCUACUUGUCAAUGCCAGCUACUGAGUAUGGUAAACUUAAGUUGCCUCGUACCAUCUCUGAUCUUCGGAUUCUCAAGGAUAAUCUCGGAAUGUAUGCGGAAGUCUACCCUGCAAAAUUUAUUCUUGGUUACUGCUCAACAUACAUAUUCAUGCAGACAUUUAUGAUUCCUGGGACAAUUUUCAUGUCCUUACUUGCUGGAGCACUUUUUGGCGUUUUCAAAGGGCUCCUCUUGGUUAUUUUUAAUGCAACAGCCGGUGCAUCAUCCUGCUAUUUUCUGUCUAAAUUGAUCGGCAGGCCUAUAGUUAACUGGAUGUGGCCUGAAAAGUUGAGAUUUUUCCAGGCAGAGAUAGCCAAGCGUCGGGAUAAGUUGCUCAACUACAUGCUAUUUUUGAGAAUAACUCCAACUUUGCCAAAUCUUUUCAUCAAUUUGGCAUCACCUAUUGUGGAUAUACCAUUCUAUAUUUUCUUUUUUGCCACUGUGAUUGGUCUCAUCCCAGCUGCUUAUAUUACAGUAAAGGCUGGCCUAACCCUUGGGGAACUGAAGUCAGUCAAAGAUCUAUAUGAUUUCAAGACCUUGUCUGUGCUUUUCCUCAUUGGCACUCUCAUCAUUUUACCAACCAUCUUGAAGAGGAAGCGCAUAUAUGAAUAGAGACUUCUCGAAGGGACUUUAAGGUAAUAAUUAUUAUGACGUUACAGCAAAUUGGAGUGGCAGGACUGAGGUACAGCCCUUCAUUUUCCAGUACCUGAAUCACAACGCAGAAGGCAUUUUCAAGUGACCGACAGAUUUGCUUGCCGCAGUCACAAGGGCUGAUAGGUGUUAUAUUACCGUGUUCUUUGCCCUUUUCUUACAUUAACGGGAUUACUCCCAAGUCACUGGUUGAAACCAAAGGUGAUAGGUUAUAGUGUUUAAUGUAAUGCGAAAAGUAACUGACAGUAUAGAUUGUGAUUGUAAGACGAUAAUAUUGUCAUUGCAUUUACCUCCAUAGAUGAAUGCAGUGUUGUGAGCUCUUCUAAUGAAUUGUUUUUUCGUCAAGUACAUGCACAAAAUUUGGUCAAAAGCGCGAAGCUGGGUAAUAUAGUGAAUGGUCAAGGAACUCAUUGUACUCCUUUUGUGCUCUAAAAACUUGUGAAAGAAUUUUCAUUACCAUUCUCAAAAAAUAUUGUGAAAGAAUUUACUCAA